AUGUAUACAUAUACAAAGCAAGGAUGGCUUUACUUCGGUGGCAAAGUUUAUUACGUUUCUACUGGAGAGAAGAGCUGGAGUGAGAGCAGAGAGGACUGCAGACAGAGAGGAGCAGACCUGGUGAUCAUAAACAGCAGUGAAGAACAGGAAUUUUUGCUUAAAACACUGGAUGGACAUCGAGCUUGGAUUGGUCUGACUGACACAAAGACAGAAGGGGACUGGAAAUGGACAGACGGCUCAGCACCAACCAUUAAGUUCUGGUGUCCAGGUGAACCAAAUGAUUCAAAUCAUGAGGACUGUGGUGAGCUUUUGAGUUUGACACAUACUCAGAAGUGCUGGAAUGACAUUCCAUGUCAUCUCAAAGAAGGGUGGGUCUGUGGGAAAAGUGCUUAAGUUAUAAGGAGAUCGCUUCUGAAGAAAAUGCUCUCUCACAAA